CAACGAGUGAACUUAUAAAAAUCAAUAAUCAUCCCCUUCGGCUCACAUGUUAGUCGUAAAGGAAACAUGAAAUCGUCAAGUACAGAGGAGAAAAAUUCAUUAUUCGAUGAAUUCUUUGUGACCUAACAGAUAGAAAUUCAUUGGAGGAUCAUUAAUUUUCGAAAAAUGGAACCUCAAGAAGAUUGUCGAACGAGACGAGUUGUUCGUCGUUAUCAAAAUGAAUCGUCACCACCAAAUACUUUAUCUGGGUCUAAAAGUCGAUCGACAGUUUGUAUCGCUGUUUAUUUAAUGUCAGAGGUCGUAUUGACGAUGGAUGUUGAAAAAAAUGCGACAGCUCAACAAAUUAUUAAUGUCAUUCAAUCUGAUAAUGAUUUGGGAUUAAUGAGAUCGCCAACGACUGUUGGUUCAUCAAUUUUUGCAGUUUGGCUUUGUUCCUCGCAAUUGGAGAUUCAAUUACAACCAACCCAUAGACCUUUGGAAUUGGCGGGAAAGUGGCGAAAAUUAGUGACUAAACAUGGAUCACAAAGUGGAAAAGAGGAUGAGGAGCCUGUUCUUUAUUUCAGGAGGAAUGUUUUUUUAUCAAGACACGACGAGGAACAAAUAAAGGAGCCGAAAAUUCUCGAGUUACUUUACGCAGAAGCCAGGCACAAUGUUUUGGAAGGUAGAUGUCCUUGUGAGGGUCAGGCAAGAUAUGCGAGUUUAGGAGCAUUGCAAGCACGCAUUGAACUUGGGCCUUAUAAUUCACAAACACACACAUUGGCCUUUUUCCGCAAGCACAGAGGAAGAUUUCUUCCCCAUCAUUAUAAUUCACCAAAUUUUUUACUUGGUCUUGGUUUUGGUUUGGGCCUCGUCGGUGGUAAAGGAGCACCUGAAGCAAGACUUUUGGAGCAGUACAAAAAAAUUCCCAAUCACACUGGAAUGAAUACAAAUCCACGUAAACUUAUGAGGAAAUAUUUGGAAUUUUGCUGGGGUUUGCCCAGCUAUGGUGCAGCAUUCUUUCAAGGGCAAAUCGAAUGUCCAGUGCGAGGUUUAGCUUCGUGGAUUACAAACAGAGAUCUUCCUGUAUUAAUUGCCAUAAAUACCAAUGGUGUUUACAUUGUCGAUGAUGCCCAAUGUAGCCUUCUACUAGGACUGAAAUAUUCCGAAUUAAGUUGGGAAAUGGCAAAACCCUCCGACGAAGGAAAUUCCGAUUGUUUGCCUUGCCUUUUCCUUCAAUUUUCCGUCAGGGAAAAUGGAACCCAAGUUUAUAAAAUUCUUCAAGUUUUCUCCAAACAGGCGAUUAUGAUGGACACUUUAAUAUCCGGAUUUAUUGAGGAAAAUCGAAAAAUGGAAUCGAAUGGCGAAAAUCUGAACCGCGUGCAAAAUGGAUUCCUUGUGCCGAACGUUGGAAGUUUUACAAAUAAAUUGAGCAAAUUCACUUUAGCGACUUUUGACGACGAAGGACGCUGCAUCGGACAAAUGGGUUCCUGGUCCUUUCAAUAAUGAUUGUAUAAAAAAAAAAUUCUUGAAAACAAACAUUUUUUGUAAAUAAAGAGAAAAAAAGAAGAUUACCAUUA